UGUGACAGAAGAGCGUACGUGUCGGAAGAUGCAACGAUGGUUUCUGGGUUGUGUCUGUCUGUUUGUCCUGGUGAGAGGAGAAGACUUUCCGUCCCUGAUCACCGCCAACGCUUCCAUAGCGGUGGUGCUAGAUCGUCAGUACCUGGGCGAUCAGUACCAGGUGGUGCUGGACGAGCUGAAAGACUACAUCAAGGAGCUGGCUCGCGUCCACUUGCAUCACGGUGGCGUCGUUGUGCACUACUACUCCUGGACUGCCAUCAGUCUCAAGAAAGGUUUUCUGGCAAUAUUCAGCAUAGCCUCUUGUGAGGACACUUGGGAGCUGUUCUCCCGCACUGAAGAGGAGGAGCUACUGCUGUUCGCGCUGACUGAGGUGGACUGCCCUCGCCUGCCAGCCCACUCCGCCAUCACGGUCACCUACACGGAGCCUGGCCAGGAGUUGCCGCAGCUUCUGCUGGAUCUCAGGACUAUGAACGCGUUCAAGUGGAAAUCUGCUGUCAUUCUUCAUGAUGAUACGUUGAAUCGCGACAUGAUAUCCCGCGUGGUGCAGUCCCUGACCUCCCGUAUAGACGACGAGAGCGCGCGAUCAGUCUCCGUCACUGUCUUCAAGAUGAAACACGAGAUCAACGAGUAUCUUAGAAGGAAAGAGAUGUACAGAGUUUUGUCCAAACUGCCCACUAAGUACAUUGGUGAAAACUUCAUAGCGAUCGUGACGUCAGACGUGAUGACGACAAUGGCAGACACGGCUCGCGAGCUGUUCAUGUCGCACACUCUGGCGCAGUGGCUCUACGUCGUCUCCGACACGGACAUGCGCAAUGGCAACCUCUCUAGUGUCAUCAAUGCGCUGUACGAGGGCGAGAAUGUCGCGUAUAUCUACAAUAUCACGGAUAAUGAUCCACAGUGCAAGAACGGCCUAAUGUGCUAUUGCCAAGAGAUGAUGGAAGCCUUCAUAUUUGCAUUAAACGCGGCGGUACAAGACGAGUUCGAAGCAGCCGCUCAGGUGUCUGAUGAGGAGUGGGAAGCCAUCAGGUCCACCAAGUUGCAGAGGAGAGAUAUGCUGCUGAAACAUAUGCAGCAACACAUACUGACGCGGAGUUCCUGUGGCAACUGCAGCACGUGGCGUGCCCUCGCGGCCGACACGUGGGGUGCCACCUACCGCGGCUUCUCCGACAACCCUGACCAGACCAUCGACAAGGACAGCAACUCCAGCACUGGUAUCAUUGAACAUAUCGAGCUUUUGGACGUGGGUUAUUGGCGGCCUAUAGAUGGUAUUAGAUUUGCAGAUGUCCUUUUUCCACAUGUUGAGCACGGAUUCAGGGGGAAGGAGCUGCCAGUUAUUACCUUUCAUAACCCGCCGUGGACGAUACUACAAACUAACGAGACGGGGGCCAUUGUCAACUACAGUGGCCUGAUCUUCGAUAUAGUCAAUCAACUAGCUAAGAAUAAGAAUUUCACGAUCAAAAUUCUGUUGCCAGGUAACGUGAAACAUGAUUUCGUCAACAACGAUACAAGUAAAGAUAUGAUGCACAGUCAUAGUGCAAUGUUGACUCUCCAGGCAGUCUCCAGAGGUCAGGCGGCCAUAGGAGCGGCGCCUUUCACAGUCCUACCCGAUCCCAUGCCAGGUAUAAAUUACACACUGUCCGUGAGUACGCAACCGUACUCCUUCAUGGUCGCUCGUCCAAGGGAGCUGAGCAGAGCCAUGUUGUUCCUGUUACCGUUUACCACUGAUACAUGGCUUUGCCUGGGUUUAGCAGUAAUAUUGAUGGGUCCGAUCCUGUACGUCGUGCACCGCCUGAGCCCAUACUACGAGGCCAUGGAGAUCACCAGGCAAGGCGGGCUGGCCACCAUACACAACUGUCUGUGGUACAUCUACGGCGCGCUUUUACAACAAGGUGGUAUGUACCUCCCCCGCGCGGACAGCGGCCGCUUGGUGGUCGGCACGUGGUGGCUGGUGGUACUGGUGGUGGUAACCACCUACUCCGGUAACCUGGUGGCGUUCCUCACCUUCCCGAAACAAGAGAUCCCCGUCACCACAGUCGGAGAGCUGCUGGAAAACGCAGGUCUUUACACCUGGUCUAUCUACAAGGGAUCUUAUUUGGCGAUGGAGCUUAAGAAUACCGAGGAGCCAAAAUACAUCAGUCUCUAUAAAGGGGCUGAAAUUGUUAACCCAACAGGCGGAACUGAAGGAACUAUGAAUGCUGGCGCACAGCUCUUGGAGCGCGUGCGCAACCAGCGUCACGUGAUCAUUGACUGGAAGCUGCGGCUCGGAUAUCUGAUGAGAGCUGCUCAUCUCGCCACUGACACCUGUGACUUUGCGCUUAGUGCUGAAGAGUUUCUUCCGGAGCAGGUGGCGAUGAUAGUGCCAUCAGGGAGUCCGUACCUUACUGUUCUUAAUAAAGAGAUAAACCGCAUGCAGAAGGCAGGUCUGAUCACCAAGUGGCUGUCAGCGUACCUGCCUCGCCGCGACCAGUGCUGGAAGACCUCGUCGGUCGCUCAGGAGGUCAACAACCAUACCGUCAACCUCAGCGACAUGCAGGGGUCUUUCUUUGUUCUGUUUCUUGGAUUUUUCUCAGCUUCAUCGGUUCUGCUUAUUGAAUGGCUCUACCACCGCAGAAAGAGACAGAGUGACGAUAUUGUUAUUAAACCUUACGUCGAAUAA